UUUGCACACAUUUCACAAACUCACUCCAAUCCUCUACUCUCCUCUCCUCUCCUCUCCUCUCCUCUCAAUCUCUUUCUUAUAUUUCCUUCUUUUUUGUUUCAUUUGUUUGCUAUGGAUAUCGAUUUGACCCCUCAAUUGCCCAAGAAGCUCUAUGGCGGCGAUGGAGGCUCCUACUACUCCUGGUCUCCCGCCGAGCUUCCCAUGCUCCGUCAUGGAAACAUCGGCGCUGCCAAGCUUGCCCUCGACAAGAAUGGCUUCGCUCUCCCUCGCUACUCCGAUUCCGCCAAGGUCGCUUACGUUCUUCAAGGCAAUGGAGUCGCCGGAAUCGUUCUACCAGAGAAAGAGGAGAAAGUCAUAGCAAUUAGGAAAGGAGAUGCAAUCGCUCUUCCAUUCGGCGUCGUCACGUGGUGGUUCAACAAGGAAGCCACCGAUCUGGUGGUUCUCUUCUUAGGCGACACUUCCAAAGCUCACAAAUCCGGCGAGUUCACCGACCUCUUCCUAACCGGCGCCAACGGAAUCUUCAACGGAUUCUGCACCGAGUUCGUUUGCCGAGCCUGGGAUCUGGAUGAAGCGUCCGUGAAAUCUCUGGUCAAAAACCAAACCGGAACCGGAAUCGUAAAAUUGAAGGAGGGAGCAAAAAUGGCAGAGCCGAAAAAGGAGCACCGAGACGGAAUGGCGCUGAACUGCGAGGAGGCGCCGCUAGACGUGGACGUGAAGAACGGGGGACGAGUGGUGGUUCUGAACACGAAAAACCUGCCGCUAGUAGGGGAGGUAGGGCUAGGGGCGGAUCUGGUGCGAUUGGACGGGAGCGCGAUGUGCUCGCCAGGAUUCUCGUGCGACUCUGCUCUGCAAGUGACGUACAUAGUGAAAGGGAGCGGAAGAGCAGAGGUUGUGGGAGUGGACGGGAAGAAGGUAUUGGAGACGAGAGUGAAGGCGGGGAAUCUGUUCAUAGUGCCCAGAUUCUUCGUGGUGUCGAAGAUCGGAGAUCCGGAAGGGAUGGAGUGGUUCUCCAUUAUCAGCACUCCCAAUCCUGUGUUCACUCACUUGGCCGGAAGCAUUGGGGUGUGGAAAGCUCUGUCGCCGGAAGUGAUGGAGGCCGCGUUCAACGUGGAUGCUGAUUUGGUGAAGCGAUUCUCUUCCAAAAGGGCUUCUGAUGCAAUCUUCUUCCCUCCCUCCAAUUAAUUACCCUUCUUCUACAGUUUCUUUUUCCUCCGCACAAUAAAUCUUAGAUUUCACUUCUUAGGUUUGAUUUUGUAAUUUUUUUUAUUUAUUAGUUUUCAGAUUUUCGUUGUUCUUCUUGAAUUUUAAGAUCAGAGUUUAGAAAAUAGUUUUGUUUUAUUUUUCAUUAGAAUUAAAUAAAGAUG